AUGGAGUUUCCACCAGACAAUGUUAAGGAUACAAUAAGUGAUAUAUCGAGGAUAUUGAAGAAAGAAGAAUGGAGGAUAUCGAUAUCAGAGGCAGCAUGUGGAGGAUUGAUGUCUUCGUACUUGGUUUCGGUUGCUGGAGCGUCGAAGUAUUUUGAUGGCAGCACAUUGUUGUACAGUUUGAAAUCGAAAUUGAAACUCAGUGGGUGGAUGAAGAACGACAUUACGAGUUACACUGGGCCUAGUGAAAAAGUGGCGAAAAGAUUGGCAAGAAAUUUGCGAAUGGAAUUGGGAUCGACAUAUGUGUUGUCAGAGACUGGGUUUGCCGGACCAUCGAGCUAUUGCAACAAUGGUGCUACGUUGGACAGCAAAGUGGGAACAGUGUACUUUGCAGUGUCUGGGCCCAAGGGAGAACGAUCGAUCAUGAAGAAGACAGGGCUUUCAGAUCGAUCGAGAAACAUGCAGGAGUUUGCCAGGCUCGGGUUGGAGUUUCUCUUGCUGGUGCUCCAAGAAGACUUGCAAGCAGAGGAUAUAUAG